AGAAUAACAAUGAAAACUCCACAAUCGAAACACCCAGCUCAGAGAACCAAAUACCACCACAACAAUAGCUAUGACCUUCAAGUACCGUGGGCGUUUCUGAUUUCUGAUUGGUUUCUCAAAUACUCACUUUCUAAAUAAGUCAGUUAAUCAUCAAUCAGUAUUAGACUAGACGUGACGACCCAACAGCCUGUGAUGAUUGCCUCGUGGUUUAUUUCAAUCGUUCUAAUUCAUUCUGUGGUUUCUAUUCCAUUUAGAGAUUGUGGAGCUCAAGUCGGGGACGUAUAUUUACUGACUGUAAGUGGAUGUGACGAAGCACCUUGUGCGUUGCAUAAAGGUAAAAAUUCUACGAUCACAAUGGAAUUCGUUUCAUUUGACACUGUGGAAAGUGGUAAGAUUUCUGUCCAUGCAGUGUUUGCCUUGGUAUCAAUACCAUUUCCACUUUCCAAUUCGAAUUUAUGUGACUUUGUCAGCCCAGCAUGUCCUUUGGUUCCAUCUGUAGAUAAAUAUACAUACACAUAUACUUUGCCUGUGCACGAAUCAUAUCCAUCGGUUUCUUUCAAAAUGCGAUGGGAAUUAAAAGAUAGUUUUAAUGAUGAUAUAUUUUGUGUUGAAUUCCCUGUUCAAAUCAUUUAAAUAAAAGUACAUUAUUAAUAGUAGUCAUCGUUCUAUUAGUAGUAAACAUUUGGAGAUGAUUGUUUUCGUUUGAUUCAAUGAUAUGAUAUGCAUUAGGUUUUGGGA